AUGGACCCGACAGCUCGGAAUGAACAGCUGUUGGAUCGGCGAUCACAGCUCACCGAGGGGCUUUCCAGUUUACCUUACGAUUUGAUACUCUAUCUUGACAGGGCUGCUGUACACUCAGAUCUAGGGUAUCCAGACCUUGCAGCCGGCGAUGCAUAUCGCGCACUCACUCUUGCAGAUGAGGUUCUCAACGAAGGUUUUGAAUACCAUGAGCAGGCUUUCGAGUCACUGCAGAUGCAUACGGCAGUCCCACUUCCAGACGUUCUAGCCCACGGAAACUUGCCUCAGGACAACAUCCAGGCCAACGACCUCGGAUCCGAGAUAGAAGACGAAGCGGUUAAGCGUUUAGCCAUUCUGGCUCAAGUUCGUGCAUAUCAAAUCCUCUCGCUCGGUCUCUUGCUUUGUGGCUCCCUACAAAGUGCCGCUAGCUUCUGCCAACGUGGUCUUCAACUAUCACCGUCGAACCAAGAAUUGCUCGACACGAAGAGCAACAUUGUCACUGUCGCUCGGAGAAGACUCCGCCGUGAUGACAUUGACAUCGAUUAUCCCAACCUCCCCGAUCAAGGUCUGGUGCGCCGCGAGGUCUAUCCUUGGAAUGACCAUGAGCCUGAUCGCUUUGCUCCAGAAUCGCUGGCUGAGCUCAACGAGCACCUGAGUGACAUGGCCCCCAAGUGUGCUGUCGAAGUCGCUACCCUGCCUGUGCUCUUGGAAGGGGCCAGCAGUACUGACGACUACGAAAUAAUUCCGACAUGCAAACAACUCGGCGUUUUCGCCAAGGAGGACAUAGCCCCCGGUGAGGUUGUACUCAGAGAAUAUUCACUCCUUACCGCCAAUAACCGACUGAAGGACUCUUCUUGCGACGCCUGCAGUUCUGACCUGCCGCCUCUGGGCAGCGAGAAUGAGCCUGUCAGCUGCCCUGAAUGUUACGAUACGGUCUUUUGUACACAGUACUGCUUUGACCAGGCCAUGGAACGAUAUCACCCUGCGGUUUGCGAAAAGGAUGUCGACGCGAUUGCCAAGGACCCCGACGCAUUCGAGGCGGAUCAGACACUUUACCUUUUGCUUCUCUCCAGGGUACUUGCGAUUGCAGCCCACGAGGAGGUCAACCCCUUAGAUGUCCGAGAGGUCAAGUACAUCUGGGGUGACUUUGUCCCAACUCGAACCAACGACAUCAACGUCUCGCCAAAUGCUGGUCCACCGCCUGAGUGGACACUUCCCUUUUCUUUCAAAUACAAUAUUGAGACACCGCUCCACGUUCUUGAGAAAAUGGAUAUCGAUAUCUACGAAAACUUCGGCGAGUACGAUCUUUGGGUACUGAAUACACUGUACGCCAAAUUUCGCGGUACGGCUUCAGCUCGUAAGAACCCUAGAGAUGGUCGACCUGAUGUUGCUGCUGUGCAUCCUUACUGGUGUCUUGCAAACCACGACUGCGACCCUAAUGUCACAUGGGAAUGGGGCGGACGCAUGGUCCUCGAAGCCAGAAAGGAGCGUGUGGUUGGUGGCCGGCCAGGAGGUAUCAAGAAGGGCGAGGAAAUCCUCAACCACUACUGUGACGUUAACCUUCCUGUACAACAACGAAGGGAGUGGGCAAGAGGUAGCUUGGGUGGGUGGUGCAUGUGCAAGCGAUGUCGCGAUGAGGCUGCUGCUGCAGGCGAGGGAGAACGGGCCUAA